GCAGUCCUUGUUUUGAAAUCCCCUUCGUUGUGCUGGUAUUUGAGUUUAUUUGUCUUGUUGUCUUAUCGGCUCUCUGCCUACCGCUUAGGUUAGUAUUACUGAUCCCCGUCGACUUACUGUCACGGACCCAUUGUGUUAUUCCCUCUUUUCAGCGAUCACGUGUAUUUUUGUCUGUAUUUAAUAAACCCUUCAACGCCUCCCUCCGUUGUUUUCUGCUUUGAGGAACAACCUUGUUUCCGCAGUUGCGAUCAGCAACAAAAUAAACCACACAUUUCCAAAGACUCUCUUCCUGGACUCUACGAUCCAGUAGCAAUUUAAUUUUGUUGUGUUUUCAGUUUAAUUGAGCUAUUUCCAGCUUGCUAUGUUGAUAAGUGCGAUGUUUGUUUACCGCGUUUCGUCUUAAUGCGAAGAAAGCGGAAGUGACGAUCGGCCCACCACGAUAUUUACGUCAUCAGCCAUCGCUCUGUGACACGGGAAUUUAAUGCUUGCUUUCACAUAAGCUUCAUCUCAAGACUUUCAUGGGAAUUAGACUAAGACGCGACCAGUGAAAUGUCCGCGUAAUCUCUGUGUCAGUUCACCCAGGAAAUUGUGUUCACAUACAAGGGCUGCACGUUUAAAUCCCGCGAUUCUCGCGGCGUUUCGGCAUGUGUGAAAGGGGCUUUUGGCUGCCAUUGACAGCACUAGAGGAGCAGUUCUUCUUGACUCGUUCAUUUGAUCCUCCCAGUCAAAAUGAAUUGGAUGUCGAGUGCUGUUAAUGGUACUCAAACAUGAGCAUUCAAAGUCAGUUGUCCCAGUACAUUAAUUUUUUUAUGAAAAUGUCGCAAUAACAUGUUGCUGUAUUUAGUUACAGAAAUAAUGCACUGGAAUAUUUUUAUAGUCUGUGAGAAAGACCCACAUUUUUGACAGAUUGUCCUUGACAGUGUAAUAAAAUGGACUUCGUAUAUUUAUUCAUUUAGAAAUAGCUUGUUAAUGUCUUUAAUUGUUGAGUCAUAGGAUAUUGUAGAUUGACUUCCAGACCCACAUUUCAAUAAUUGUUGAACCACCAUAUUGUGAGAUAAUCGUUUAGCUUUGACACAUAUUGUGAGUUUCAUCAACUACACAGCGGCACCUUACCUGAUAGGUUGUCCAAAAUCAUAUGAACCAACUCCAGUGGAAGUUUUUGGAAAAAGUUUAUCUCCUCCAUCGUCUGACUGCUGUUCACGACAGUUCCACGACGACGACGACUAUGCGCGUACGUUCCUGGUCUUCCUUUCGCCAUUGUUCACUGUUAAAUGCCAUAUUUUAUUAGCGUAUCAUUGUUUCAGACAUAACUAUAUCUAGCAUUAUUCGGUGACCUCUUUAUUCGUCUGAAGUAGGCGGGGAAAUACUUACAAAUCGAUGCUCGGAUAUUAGCUAGUUCACGAAAUGGCUUAAAUGUGUCAUAUAUUAUGUACUGAAACGAAAACAUCGGUUUAUUUCCACUUAAUUGUUAAUCACACACUGUUUCAACCUACUUGCUUAGCUGUAACACGACUAAGCUUUAUUGUUUGCAAUGAAAAGAAACUCACCAAUUUGUUUAGCUUGUUCCACGAUAGGCUAUAGCGACCCUUGGCAGUGGCGCGAUUUUUAAUAUUGCGUUUAUGGAGCGAUGUUAUGUACUCUCUCUGGUAAAGUCAUCCAAAGUACAACGUUUACCAAAGUAGCUUUACAUGUAUAAAUGACACAUCUGUAACGAAAUGAACUGGUAAACUAGUGGUAAUUGUUGGUCUCGGUUAAUCUUACAGCAGAGAGCUUUUUAAAAGCCUAGUUUGGCUCUACGGAGAAGUGUACAAACUAUAAGACCGUAUUCACAUAAAGCUUUGUGGUUCUUUUAAAAAAAAAAAAAAAAAAAAAAAAAAAAGUAGCUAAAGACACAAACAUUUCAUCACCUUUUUUUAACGUUUUCAAAAAAAUCAUGUGUUUCCAGGAAAAUGUGGGGGGAAAUGGCUUCGACGAUUAUUUUAACGUAUCAAUUUAUAAACAGUUUGAACACUGCCACUUCACGUGAAUAUGGGAAAAGUGAAGAUAUCCCUUCGUGUUUGACAGAAACUUUUGUUUUAGAUUAAAUGCGUAUGCACAUUACUGUAUUAUAUUUACGUUAGGUUCCAUUUAAAAUAUAUUGUCCUGAUUUAUUUAAAAAAAAAAAAAAAAAAAAAAAAAAAAAAAAAACAUGAAUAGGAUAAUAAGUGUAUGUAUAUGUGUCAGGAUGUAUUUUUAUUUGUAUGUACAACUUUUGGCAUUGGUGUCACACUUUGAAAAUCACUGCACCAUAUGAAUAAAUAUUUUGGGACACCUGCCCAUUUCGUUCCAAAAACUGGACCAUUAAAUAGAAAGAAACAUGGAUCAACUUUUUCUCUAACAACUACUGUAAAUCACUUCACUUCAGGGGGAAUAAAAAGCCUAUUGGAAAAUUAUGAAAGAAGGUGUCUGAAAUGGGAUAAAAUAGGCCUACACAUUAGUUGUGUGCGUCUAGGCAUGUACCGGUAUGAAAUUCUGACGGUAUGAUAACCUAAAGCUAAAAUAUCACGGUAUCAUCAUAUUACAAUUACAGCUCUAGAAUAUGUUACUUUGAGAUAUCUGGGUUUUAAAAAAUUCAAUUAAAAAAAAAAAAAAAAAACACCUAUUCCAUUGAACAGGAUUUUUAUUUUUCAAAGCAUAUUCACAAAUUGGAACAUAAGUUUAAUUUUAAAAGGUAACUAAAUAUUCUGAUUAAAAUUAAAAUAAAUGCAGUCCUAGACCCACAGCCACAGCAAAACAUUAUUGCCAUCAGAACAAUAAUAUUUGAAUUAUUUUCCAUAAAAAGCACUUGUGUAUAACUUAUAUCAUGUUUACAUUAUACACACACUCUUUCUCAACACAGACAGUUGCCAGAGAGAAAAAAACACCAUGUUUUACCACCGCUAGACACACUUAAUACACUUGAGUUUACUCUCGUAGCUGGUGGGAAAUGUUCAUGACAGUGUUUACUAAAUUUUAAUUUUGUAUAUAUGUGAAAUCAUAUUAGAGGUAUUGCCUUCUCGGCAGCCAUUCACCACAAACAUGUUUUACAUGUCUUUUGGCCCUCCUCCCCUUAGCCGCGGCCGUCUGUAACUUUUUCUGUAGCUGAAAUUCCCAUACCAGCGGUUUUGUUUUCUUCGAUGAGGGAAAAAAAUUCAGGAGUUUCACCUCCUCCAGACAGCGUUUACCACAGCUGACUCACUGGCACUGAGCAACAACCGGUUGAGGAUUUUUGAGCCUGGCCGCUGCAAGCGAGGGAUUUCCCCAUGCAUUUUGGGACAUAGAAAUUAGCUAAUACCUUAGCGACGGUAUGACAGAAAAUUUGCGAUUUUGAAACCUCUAUGUUUUCAUACCACGGUAUAUUUUGAAACCGGUAUUCGGCACAUGUCUAUGUGAAUCACAGCAGAAAUAAUCUUUUCUUAAUUAAAUAGAAAGACACAAAAUUUCAUUUUUUUAGUGGAAAAAUGUCAUUAAAAGCUAAUAUUUCCCGGAAGUAGGCAAAAUAGCCGUUUUUUGACAUUUUUAAAUGCCAGUAAUAUUUUAGCCAAUCGAAUUCAAGUAUCUCAGGUUGUCCUGUCUACUUAUCAUUAGGAGUGGGAACCUCUUGGUACCUCACGCUACGAUACGAUUUGCGAUACAAAGCUCGCGAUAACGACUAUCUCACGAUAACGACACACAUGGUCACGACAUCAUUCUAGGAUAUUCUACAAAACAACUAUCAAACAGAAAAACAAGCUAUUUUCAUCCUUCCGCUGUAAAUUUAACACUAGUAGAGGCCCAGUCCAGUUGAACUGGAAGGGUGGCAGCGAAUGAACCCUUCCCACUCCAAACGAGUCCCUCCCACUUAUAUUGCCGUCGGUGGCACCUAAUGCCAAGCAACAAGGUACUUUUGGGCCAUUUCAGGUCAUUACCUGUUGAUUUUACAGUCGUUUCCUGUUGAUUUUGGGGCAUUUCAGGGUCACCUCCUGUUGAUUUUGGAUCACAGAACAGGAGGUGACCCAGAAAUUAAUUGGCAGUGACUCAAACUUAUCAGGAAGUGACCUGUAAAUGCCCUAAAACGAACAGAAAGUGACAUGCAAAUGCCCCAAAAAUUCAAAAGAGUGACUGUGAAUGCUCUGGUUUCGAACGAACGAGCUUUCAUUCGCCCUUCCCCAUCUUAAUAGAUUGGGCGUCAAGUGCCGUCAAUGGCAGCCAUAGAGUUAACUUAGUACGUAAACUGAGCACUUAAGAAAUCGGUUCUUUAAAACAGUGACACGUGGACAGUCAGCAAAUCCUUCUAGAUGCUUCGCUGACGAGAACCAAUCAUCGGCCCAAGCUGCUUUCCAUUAUUCCAAACGCGCGCACUACGUGUACAUGGAGUGCUCGGAGAGCCUUUGGUUGCUUUGCAAAGCUGCGAAAAAAAAAGCAGGCCUUAUCCACACCGGGGCAGACCAGAGCGCAGCAUACACACUUGCCUGUAUUUUUCAGCAGAUUGAAUUUGGCCUACUACCCACUGUAGUAUGCAUGGAUAUAACAGAAAAUGGCUUCAAUGGACCCAGGAAACAAAGCACGUCUGAGACAGACACAGAGAAAGGAGAACGAGAGCAACAGAUUGAACAGGUUGUGUGCUUUGCUUACAGAUGGAUGACAAAGAGCAGCUAUGUUCUUAACGGGAGACAAGAGCGCAGAUUCUGCUUUUAAUGACAGUGCGGGGCCGACGUCAAAGCCAAAGCAUCGAUUGUUUCUCGACCAAAUGCACAAUCUUCAUUCCUGUGACCACAGGUUUAUCUCUCAUACUAAUAUUACCACGAGGCCGGUAUUCAGUUACAGAUGCAGACACCUGCCAGUCAGUGGAGACUGAUGCCAGAAUAGUUUUAGCUCCUUCACUUCACACUAAAGGAAUGGCUGGGAGUCCGUGACAAAAUGUAAGCUCUCUGGAAUUGACUGCUUCUGCGGGGAGUGCCCUUCGCUUGAAGAAUAAACCAAAUCUGCAGCCUGAGGGACUCGAGAAUGCAUCUGUUGUUGAAGCUCGGGAGUCUUUCCAAGUGAAUGAAACAUGGCCAGCUCUGCUGUUCAGCUCCUUGGUUUUAUAUUGAGCCUGCUUGGGUUUGUGGGAACUUUAGCUGCCACUCUACUCCCACACUGGCGAACAUCAACCUAUGUUGGCUCAAACAUUAUCACAGCAACAGCCUAUAUGAAAGGUCUGUGGAUGGAGUGUGUGUGGCACAGCACAGGUAUUUAUCAGUGUGAGGUGUACAGAUCUUUACUGGCGCUGCCGCAGGAUAUGCAGGCCGCACGUGCACUUAUGGUGCUCUCCUGCGUCUCCUCCACCCUGGCAAUUGUGGCUUCUGUGAUGGGGAUGAAGUGCACCUACUUUGCUCAAGGCUCAUUAAUUAAGUCUCCACUCGUGAUGAGUGGAGGGAUAUGUUUUCUCUGUGCCGGAUUACUCUGCUUGACCACUGUGUCCUGGACCACCAAUGACGUGAUCAUAGAUUUCUAUGACCCCUUACUUCCAAGUGGCAUGAAAUACGAAAUUGGCCUGGCGGUGUAUCUCGGUUACGCGUCAGCCUGCCUCAGCCUGUGUGGGGGAGUGGUACUGAUCUGGAGCAGCAGCGGUGAACGGUCACCGAGGUUUCCCCAAAGGCAGAUGAGUCAGCCAACAUCCCCUCCUCCUUAUAACAACAAUUUCACUCCAGCACCCCCUUACAAUCCUGCAGAGGCACUAAAGGACAAUCGCGCACCGUCACUUUUCUCAGUCUCCAGCAGUGGUUACAGACUUAAUAAUUAUGUCUAAUGUCUGUGGUGAUGCUUGCUUGCGAUCAGCACACCUAAGCAUAGAAUAGAACUAAAAAAAAAAUGCCAAAAAAUGUCAAGUGAACUUGUCCAAUCACACAGACACUCAAUGCAAUGUGGCUAAAGUACCACUAGAUGGCGACAUUUAUCAGUGAAUAGAAACUAAUGACAACCUGGAUAUUUGUAAUACACACUAAAUUGUUCUCUUCUUAUAUUAUAACAAGUAUUCGCAUUCAAAAAAUGACAAUGCACAUACAUCCUGAAUGUAAUGUCUAUUAGAGGAAUGCAUCAGAAACACUAUAAAUCGUUUAUCAUUCACAUCCUUUCCAAACAUGAUUGAUUGCAUUUAUGCAAUUGUUUUAAAAAUAUAUAUGUAAAUUAAUCUGGAUGUUGUGUUCUCCCACAAAGCAUCUAAUUGGCUUCGCACAAGCAAAUUUGUAUGUACUGUAUAAGGAAAAACUCCCAAUUAGAGCCCCAGUGUGAGCCCGUCAACCUGCACAGCAGCUACUGUGCCUGUCAUAACAUUGUAGCAGAUCAGCCAUCACACUUCUAAGCAUAUAUUUCCUUUGAGUGGGUAUUAAUUAACAAUAACUUAUUUUGCAGUUGGGUUUUUAUGUUUGUUGUGUUUUUGUUUUUUUAUCCAAAAUAAGUGGUCUUGGUGCCUGUUUUUGCCCAUCAAUGAUUGAUUGAUUGUAUUAACGGUCUUAAUCAAAAUUAGGCACUAUCUGUUGUAAGAGUUACGGUAUCAUCCUGGCAAAUUUGUUUCAGAUGUUUUCUAUACUAAUUCUUGAACUAAACUAGAUUACCAAACAAUUUACAAAGGUAAGUCUCCCCAACUACCCACUAAUUUGAUUUAA